CACCACCCGAGUCACUCCGUCACCGCCAUAAUAUCGCAUUCACGUGCUAAAUCUCCAAUGCCUCAUCCGCGAAGAUGUCCCUCUCCCUCCGUCGUGCCUUAACAUACAGCCUCAAUCGCAAUCCCAGUCCGUCCUUGAACGCUAGAAGAACACUGCAUUCCUCGCGCGCCAUGGCUGAGGUGAAGAAGACCACGCCGAAAAUGAGGCAGCGGGAUAUUGUGUCAAGUUUCUUGUGCGCGCCGCCGGUGGAGGAGGGCGGGCAGCAUCGGUUCGUGCUGUUCAAGAGGAGCCAAGAAGUGUCUUCUUAUCGCGGCAAAUGGGCCGUCUGCUCCGGCACAAUCGAGGCCACAGACGCCAGCCCCCUCGCAGCCGCCUACCGCGAAAUCGCCGAAGAAACCCAACUCACCCCCCCCUCUAUCAGCCUCCUCCGGCGCGGCCGCCCCUUCACCCUCCGCGACGAAACCAUCAGCACAGACUGGACCAUCCACCCCUUCGCCUUCCUUCUCGCCUCUCCUGACACCCCCUUAACCAUAGACUUCGAACACACCGAGUACACCUUCGUGACGCCCUCCCAGCUCUCUGAGUACGACACCGUCCCAGCCCUAGCAGACACGACACUCCGCGUCCUUCCCGGCGCGGAAGUCGAAGACGCACUCCGCACACUCCGCUCGGACCACACCUCCGGCGCCACUGCCCUGGCCACCCUCGCGCUACUCACCCUCCGUCGCGCCCUCCUCCCUCCUCUCUCCACGGCCCCAACCACGGCUGUCCAAUGGCGCGCAACCCGCCUCCUCGCCUGGACGCUCGCGAAGUCCGCGCGUCCCGCCAUGGCGCCCGCGAUCGAGGCCUCAGUCUUCGGGGCGCUGGAACGUAUUUCGCUUUCUAUUGGCGGUGUGGGAAAAAACGAUGACCUCAAAGUAGCGAUGGAGGCGUUGCCGAUAGAGGAGUUUAGGCAGGUGGCUACGAAGGCGAUUGAGGAUGUGAUGGAAGCGAGGGAAGAAGCGGUGUUGAAGCUCGCUUCGAACUUUACGGCGUGCGUGCAGCAUAGUGCAGGGUACCAGGCUGCGUUUACGGAGCAGAGGCCAGUGACGUUGGUUAUCCUGUCUGCGUCGGCGAGUGUAGCGGCCUGCGUAGCGGAUCUAGCUCGCGCGGCGGCGGCGACGAAGAUGGGUGUUAGGGUUUUAGUAUUGGAGUCGCGGCCGGGGUUUGAGGGUGUUGAUAUCGCGAGGGCGGUACUGGAUUUGGUGGGCUCGGAUGCGGAGGUUGAGAUGCAGAUCUUGACUGAUGCGGGGGUGGGGUGGGCGGUGGGGGAGGCGGAUUUUGUGAUGCUUGGGGCGGAUAGGGUGACGGGGGAGGGGGAUGUGAGUAAUAAGACAGGAUCGCUUGCUGCGGCUGGGUUGGCACCCACGGUGGGGAAUGGAUGUAAGGUUGUGGUUGUCUGCUGUGAAGAGAAGAUUAUGGGUGAUGAUGGGGGUGGGGAGGGGUUGGCGGAGGCGGAGGCGGAUGGGGGAGAGGAGAAUGAGUCGUCAGAGGUGACGGCGGCCUGGCCGGCGAGGGCGAAGGAGGUCGGGGAGCUGGAGGGUGUUAAGGUGCGGAAUCCGUAUUUUGAAUGGGUGCCGAGUCGGUUUGUGGAUGUGUAUGUGACGGAGGCAGGGGAGGUGGGAGUUGAAGGGUUAAAGAAAGUGGCACGGGAGAGGAGGGAGUUGGAGGAGCGCUUAUUUGAUGGUUUGUAGAGUGAUAUAUGGGUGUUAUUUAUAUUAAGUGGGAAGGUGUAUGAUAUUUAUAAUAUCAAAUAGUUAUUUAUAUAAAGUGCAAAGGCAUAGGCUAAUUAUAAC